AUGUCAAUUUUACCACAUUCCUUCGUCCUCUGCGACCUGGUUGAUGAUGAGAUGACUAAGUGGGCAAAAGGUUUGAUUUUGUUCUUGAAAACCCGUAAUGAUAGAUCGAGGAAGCUUAAUGAGGAAUUGAAGAAGAAACUUAUAAAUGGAAUGGGUAUUAGGGACUUGCAAUAUGAUGAUGGAGUUGAAAUGGGGAUGCCGACCACUUUGAAAAUUUAA